AAGACAGAGAGAUAAUAAUAACUUUCUCUUCUCUGUCCCUUCCUCUUCCUCUUCCUCCUCCUUUUUCUUCCCUCUGUGAUUCAUUAGUUGCGUAAAACCUCGAGUUUCUUCUGUUCCAUUAACACAAUGAAGUACAUUCGAAGCAACAGCCUGAAACGUCUCUUCUCUUUCAAACGACGCAGUUUCGACUCCGACUCUGAAAACUCAACUCCACAUGCCAAAUGCGUGGAGGGUUUUCAAGAAGCAGAGCAGUUUCAAAGACCCAAGUGGAAAUGUUUCUCCUUUGAAGAAAUCUACGACGCAACCAACGGUUUCAGCUCAGAUAACUUGGUAGGAAGAGGUGGAUUUGCAGAGGUGUACAAAGGGAUUUUGAGUAAAAGUGGUGAAGAAAUUGCUGUGAAGAGGAUAACGAGAGGAGGGAGAGAAGAUGAGAGGAGAGAGAAAGAGUUUCUAAUGGAGAUUGGAACAAUAGGACAUGUCUCACAUCCUAAUGUCUUGUCUCUUCUUGGUUGUUGUAUUGACAAUGGUCUCUAUCUUGUUUUCAUCUUCUCUUCAAGAGGCUCUGUUGCUUCUCUCCUUCAUGAUUUGAAUCAAGCACCAUUGGAGUGGGAGACAAGGUAUAAAAUUGCAAUUGGGACAGCAAAAGGGCUUCAUUAUUUACACAAAGGUUGUCAGAGAAGGAUCAUCCACAGAGACAUUAAAUCCUCCAAUGUUCUCUUAACCCAAGAUUUUGAACCACAGAUAUCUGAUUUUGGGUUGGCAAAAUGGCUGCCUUCUCAAUGGUCUCACCAUUCCAUUGCUCCAAUCGAAGGCACAUUUGGGCACUUAGCUCCAGAGUACUAUACGCAUGGGAUUGUGGAUGAGAAGACUGAUGUAUUUGCCUUUGGAGUGUUCUUGCUUGAACUCAUUUCUGGUAAAAAACCUGUUGAUGCAUCCCACCAAAGCCUACACAGCUGGGCGAAAACGAUAAUAAAAGAUGGAGAGAUUGAGAAGUUGAUGGAUCCAAGGAUCGGUGAAAACUUUGAUAUCCAACAGCUUCAUCGCAUAGCUUUCGCUGCGUCUCUCUGCAUCCGAUCAUCGUCUCCAUGUCGGCCUUCCAUGAUCGAGGUAUUAGAAGUACUACAAGGAGAAGAUAUAGAGAAGGAAAAAUGGAAAAUGGAAGAGGAAGAAGAAGUGAAGGAAGAGUUUUGGGGAUACGAAGAUCUUGAGGAUUGUGAAUGUGAUUCUUCAAUCUCACUUUCCCCCCCC